UGGGAGAAGUAAGCUCCGUUUAGCUGCUUUAGUUAACGCUACGGUUACUGAAGCGGAGCGGCGGAACAGCACGAGACUGAAGAUGGCAUCAGCAACUGACCCCCGUUAUGGACAGAAAGACACAUCUGACCAGAACUUUGACUACAUGUUUAAGAUCCUGAUCAUCGGGAACAGCAGCGUGGGGAAAACGAGCUUCCUGUUCCGCUACGCCGACGACUCCUUCACCCCGGCGUUCGUCAGCACUGUCGGCAUCGACUUCAAAGUCAAGACCAUCUACAGGAACGACAAGAGGAUAAAGCUGCAGAUCUGGGACACUGCAGGGCAGGAGAGGUACAGGACGAUAACCACAGCGUAUUACCGCGGGGCGAUGGGCUUCAUCCUGAUGUACGACAUCACUAAUGAAGAUUCCUUCAACGCAGUUCAGGACUGGUCCACUCAGAUUAAGACGUACUCGUGGGAUAACGCUCAGGUGCUGCUGGUGGGGAAUAAGUGUGAUAUAGAGGACGAGCGGCUGGUGGCGUCUCAGAGAGGGAGACAGCUGGCAGAUCAGCUGGGGUUUGAGUUUUUCGAGGCCAGUGCUAAAGACAACAUCAACGUGAAGCAGACGUUCGAGCGGCUGGUGGACGUCAUCUGCGAGAGGAUGUCCGAGAGUCUGGAGUCCGGAGACUCCUCCGUCACCGGGGGCAAACAGGGACCCCAGCUCACAGAGCAGCCGCAGCGCUCGCACCAGGACUGCGCCUGCUGAACAUCUACAACACUCGCUACACACACUACAUAUUUACUACACACUGUAGAGUACAGUUAUCCACGGUACCACCCAAAACAAACCCCCAUAAAAAUGCUCACAACAGGACUAGACCUGCUGAAAACCUACAAUACACACUACACACACUACACAAACUAGAUAAAUACUACACACUGUAGAGUACAGUUAUCCACGGUACCCCCAAAACAAGCCCCCAAAACAACAAAUACCUCCAAUACACACAAGCUACAUACAGCUCUGGAAAAAAUGAAGAGACCACUUCAGUUUCUGAAUCAGUUUCUCUGAUUUUGCUAUUUAUAGGUUUAUGUUUGAGUAAAAUGAACAUUGUUGUUUUAUUCUAUAAACUACAGACAACAUUUCUCCCAAAAUUCCAAAUAAAAAUAUUGUCAUUUAGAGCAUUUAUUUACAGAAAAUGAGAAAUGACUAAAAUAACAAAAAACAUGCAGAGCUUUCAGACCUCAAAUAAUGCAAAAAAAAACAAGUUCAUAUUCAUAAAGUUUUAAGAGUUCAGAAAUAAUCAAUAUUUGGUGGAAUAAUCCUGGUUGGUUUUUAAUCACAGUUUUUAUUUCAUGCAUCUUGGCAUCAUGUUCUCCUCCACCAGUCUUACACACUGCUUUUGGAUAACUUUAUGCUGCUUUACUCCUGGUGCAAAAAUUCAAGCAGUUCAGUUUGGUGGUUUGAUGGUUUGUGAUCAUCCAUCUUCCUCUUGAUUAUAUUCCACAGGUUUUCAACUUGGUAAAAUCAAGGAAAAACAUCAUCAUUAAGUGGUGUCUUAUUUUUUGUCAGAGCUGUAUACUACACAUUGUAUCCUAAAGUUAUCCACAGUAGUCCCCAAAACAAACCUCUAAGACAAAAUUCACACCAGGACUGCACCUAAAUGUAAAUGUAGUUACCCCAGUACCCCUAAAACCAGACCUAUAAAAAAAUAAUUUUCACCAUCUUCACCUCAUCAGGGAUAUAGACAGUAACCCUAACUGCCUCCUUGAUACCCACAAUACCCCCCUAAACUACCUCUGAUAUAUACCAAUACCCCCUACUGUACCUACCACCCCCCUCACCUCAAUACACUCACUGACAGAACUGCGGACCAGUCACAGAAAUAGAUGUUUUUUUUUUUAUUUAUUUAUUUAUUUAUUUGUUUGUUUGUUUGCUUGUUUAUUGUAAAUAAGUGAGUGAUCAAUCAGGCUGAUUCAUUCCUGUUCACACUGUGUUGUAUCUGAUUCAGAAUGUUCUGGGUAUAUAUAUACAGUAUGUAAUGUGAAUGAGUACUGCUGGACUCGAAUGUUAAAUUCAUGAACAGCUGCUUUACUGUAGUCCAGGUUUAGUCUUGGUUCAGUCUGGGUUAAAGGAGAAGUCUGGUGUGAAAUGGACUUAAGUUGUAGUGAAACAUGAUAACGAGUACAAACGUUUUUUCCUCAGCAUUCCAAAAUACAGCACUUUUAGCCGAAGCUCCCAACAGGCUUACAGUGCUAGAGAUAGGGGCAUAAAGGUGCCCAUGCAAAGUUAUCACUAUUUUUGCACCAUUAACAACAAGUGCAAAGUAGCUCCACACUUUAUUGGUAGAAUGAGGCAUAAGCGAUGGGCAUGGUUAGUAACAGUAAAGCAGCAAGAAUAAACAACAUACCAAAGUAAAGACGGCAAACAGUGGUCAUACACUGGUAAAAAAAAAAAAAAGAG